AUGAAUAGCCUCGGAGCUGGUACAGAGAUUAUUUCUAUCGACUCGUCCGACGACGACGAUUUGGAACCGACGCGGUACUCGCGCGCGGCUAUCUCAGGUAUGCAUGCAUGGCAUGUCGCAUGCUCCACUUCACUCACAGCUCACUAUCUCCAAGGCAGAAAUCGUGAAGACAUUAAAAUCGAAAAAGGUCCUCAGUCUGAACCAGUAAAGGUUCAAUUUGAUGACAGUGACGACGAUUUCAAUGAUGGCGAGGCUGCAUACAAGAAGUUCAAAGACCGCAAAUCUACAAAACGAAGACGGAACGCAGCUGCAACUCGCAAAGCAAAGCAAAAAUUCCCCAAGAUAGAAGAAUCUGGAGAUGGCGUGGUGUCAACCUCAUCAACACAAGGGGGUUUAUCCAUCGGAGCCAAGAAAUACCUACAAGAACAACGCGACAAUGUACCCUCCGAAGACGAACUCGCGGAGCCGCUUCCUGACUAUCUUCAAAAACGGCGAUCACAGUUCAAUCGGAAAAGAGAACACCUCCAGGUACACGGUCUGAAAAUUCCGCCUUCUUACGACGACAUCGAGUUCUCUGAUGACGAAAAUCUCGAGUACCUGCAGGAAAGGCCAUUCUUCCCGGAUAGUGAUCCACCCCGACCAUAUGAGGAUAUCGAACUUCCAUGCUCACUUGGUCUGGUUCCCGCGGCUAUCGGACGGUGGCUGCGACCUUACCAGGUAGACGGAGUGGCUUUCCUACAUGAAAUGUUUGUCUAUCAAACGGGCGGUAUCCUUGGUGAUGACAUGGGUCUGGGGAAGACUAUUCAGGUCAUUGCGUUCUUAACCGCGGCCUAUGGCAAAACUGGUGAUGAACGAGAUUCCAAGCGGAUGCGGAAAAUGCGAAGAGUGGAUAGUAACCCCUGGUAUCCUCGCACCUUGAUCGUUUGUCCUGGGUCCUUGAAAUCGAAUUGGCGAGCCGAAUUUGACCGAUGGGGGUGGUGGCACGUUGAUGAGUACCACGGCCCAAACAAGGAGCUUGCCCUUGAUGCCGCAAAGUCUGGACGAGUAGAAAUUUUGAUCAUGACCUACGAAACCUACUCAUUAAACAAGGAUUUUGUCAACAUGGUGGAAUGGGACUGCGUGAUUGCGGACGAGUGUCACAAAAUCAAGGAACAAACGGCCGGAGUGACGAAGGCCAUGAACGAAAUCAACGCUCUUUGCCGUAUCGGACUCACCGGUACAGCUAUCCAGAAUCGAUACGAGGAGCUGUGGACACUUUUGAACUGGGCAAACCCUGGCAAGCUUGGUCCGAUGUCUGAAUGGAACACAUUCAUUGCGGAACCUUUGAAGGUCGGCCAAUCACACACAGCAACCUGGAGUCAACUCCGCAGGGCUCGAAGAACUGCCCGAAUGCUUGUCAAAAAUUUGUUGCCGCGAUUCUUCCUACGUAGGAUGAAGACUUUGAUCGCUGAUCAGCUACCAAAAAAGAGCGACCGAGUGGUAUUCUGCCCUCUGACAACCACGCAGGCAGAGGCCUAUGAGAGCUUCCUAGGAAGCACCAUUGUGGAGUACAUCAUGUACUCGACGGAAGACUGUGAUUGUGGCUCGGGCAAGAGCUCUGGCUGGUGCUGUCGAAGAAUCAUUCCUGGAACAGAUAGCACCUGGCAAUCAUUUGUAUUUCCCGCCAUAAUGGUGCUGCAGAAACUUAGCAACCAUCUUGCAAUUCUCAUGCCUCGACAAAAUGACUCCUCAGAAAAGCAGGAAAAAGAGCUUGAGAUGCUGCAGAUAGCCUUACCAGAUCAGUGGGAGGAAUUGUACAAGUCCCGAGAAUCCAUUGUUAACUUUGCGAAUCCCGAGCUCUGUGGCAAGUGGAAAGUCCUUCGAAGGCUCCUUAAGUGGUGGCACAAGAAUGGCGAUAAGGUCCUGGUCUUCUCGCACAGUGUCCGACUUCUGAAAAUGCUACAAAUGCUGUUCGUUAAUACAAGCUAUAACGUGAAGUAUUUCGAUGGAUCCUUAUCCUACGAUGAGCGCGCUAAAGUCGUGGAUGAAUUCAAUUCCGACCCGAAACAAUUUGUGUUCCUGAUUUCGACCAAGGCAGGUGGCGUCGGGCUAAACAUAACAUCGGCAAACAAGGUCGUUGUUGUGGACCCAAACUGGAACCCAGCGUAUGACCUCCAGGCGCAAGAUCGAGCCUAUCGAAUUGGACAGCAGCGUGAUGUCGAGGUGUUCCGACUGGUCUCUGCUGGUACAAUCGAAGAAAUUGUUUAUGCACGACAGAUCUAUAAACAACAACAGGGAGAGAUUGGGUAUACCGCAAGCUCUGAGCGCCGCUACUUCAAGGGCAUCCAGGCUAAAUCCGACCAAAAAGGCGAGAUAUUCGGCUUGAAGAAUCUGUUCAAGUAUGAGCAUGAAAUGCUUUUCCUUCGUGAGAUCAUCAACAAGACCAAGGUAGCCGAAAGCCUCGCUGGUGUGAACGUCAUGGAUUUCAAAUUCAAAGAGGAGGAUUUCGGUGCCGAUGGUGUGCCAAUGAAGGACGAAGAUGACGGGAUGAGUCAACUUGCUGCCGAGAUCCGUGGCGAGAGAGAUAAAUACGAUGACAAUAGCAUCAAACGCGAGGCUUCUCAAAUUGACCCGAUCCAGGCAAUACUUGCUAACACGGGUGUGGAGUACACCCAUCUGAACAACGAGGUGAUUGGUCCCUCUCGAGUCGAAGAGCAGCUCAGCCGUCGUGCCCAGCAGGCUCCUGACGAUCCGGCAGCGAAUAUCCAAGUUUUCGGGCACCUCGGCGCCACUUUUAGUGACUCGUAA